ACUUUUUUGUACAUUUUUCUGAUUUUUUCUUAAACUUUCACUCAUAUUUUAUCAUCAUCUGUCUUCUGACUGAUUACUCGUUUCAAUGUUUUUUUUGUAAACUCAAUGAAUAAUAAUUAUAAUAAUAUAUUAUUAUUAUUAUUAUUGUUAUUUUUAAUGUUGUUGCAUAACGUUUUGCAGCUGCAGAAGAGAAACCCAAGAAACCUCCAACUGAGCAGCUGGGAUUUUAUUUUGAAGGUGUUAUCCGGAUGCAGCGUGUGUUCACGUAUGUGUGUGUGUGUGUGUGUGUAUAUGUAUGUGUGUGAGUCUCGGUGUCUUGGUGGAGGGUCGGACACAAACAGAAAGGAAAGAUGUCCCCGCCGCUGCUGCUGCUGCUGCUGCUCGGCCUGCUGACUCUGCUGCUCUGCGUCUUCCGCAGCAGGCACAGACGAAAGGGUGAACCUCCGCUCAUUAAUGGCUGGAUUCCUUUCAUUGGAAAAGCUCUGGAGUUUGGACGAGAUGCUCACAAGUUUCUUGAGAAACAAAAGAAAAAGUGUGGAAACGUUUUCACCGUUCACCUAGCAGGUAAAUACAUGACCUUCAUCAUGGACCCGUUACUGUACCCAAACAUCAUCAAACACGGCAGACAGCUGGACUUCAACGAGUUCAGUGGGAAGGUUGCUCCUGUCACCUUUGACUACCCGCCCGUCAGUGAGGAGGCUUUCCCCGGGAUGACGGAGCAGAUCAAACGCUCCUUCAAGUUCCUCCAGGGGGAAAACUUGUCCACCCUGACAGAGAGCAUGAUGGGAAACCUCAUGAUGGUGUUUCGUCAGGACCACCUGGGCGGUCAACUGGUGGCGGACGGCGACUGGAAGAUCGGCAGCAUGAACAAGUUCUGUAACGCUGUCAUGUUUGAGGCCACCUUACUCACCUUGUACGGCAGGCCCCGCUCCGCCGGCCGUCACAGCGGGAUGGGGGCGCUGAUGGAAGACUUUGCCCACUUUGACAACAAGUUUCCGCUGCUGAUCGCUCAGAUUCCCAUCUGGCUGCUGGGGAAGACCAAGGCCAUCCGCGAGAAGCUGAUCAACCAUUUUCUGCCGCACAGGAUGUCGUGUUGGUCCGAUGCGGCUCAGUUCAUCACAAAACGAGUGGCGAUGUUUGAUCAGUUCGACACAUUGAGGGACGUCCAUAAAGCAGCCCAUCACUUUGCGAUUUUCUGGGCGUCUGUGGGGAACACCAUCCCCGCCUGCUUCUGGGCUGUCUACUACCUGGUGAGUCACCCCGAGGCUCUGCAGGUCGUCCGCCAGGAGAUCCACGAGAGGCUUAGGCUCGACGGGGUCGAGUUCAGCUGCGACAGCGACGUGGCGCUCAGCAGAGAGCAGCUGGACCGGCUGGUUUAUCUGGAGAGCGCCAUCAACGAGAGCCUCCGUCUGUCCUCGGCCUCCAUGAACAUCCGGGUGGUGCAGGAGGACUUCAGGCUGCAGCUCAGCAGCGAGCACUCGGUGGCCGUCAGGAAGGGGGACUUCAUCGCCCUGUACCCUCAGUCCAUGCACAUGGACCCCGAGAUCUACGAGGACCCGCAGUCGUUCCGGUUCGACCGCUACAUCCAGUGCGGCGGACUGAAGACGGACUUCUUCAAAGAGGGUCAGAGGCUGAAGUACUAUCUGAUGCCGUUCGGCUCCGGCUCCUCCAUGUGUCCCGGCCGAUACUUCGCCAUCAAUGAGAUCAAACAGUUUGUGUGUCUGCUGCUGCUCUACUUCGACCUGCAGCUGGAGGCGGGGCAGCCCCGAGUCGCUCUCGACUCGAGCAGAGCCGGACUCGGCAUCUUGCUGCCCGCCACCGACGUUCGCUUCCGUUACAGACUGCGAACAGUCUGACGCCAGGUCAUAGAUUGUGGUGACUCGACCUGAAGUGACUUGACACACACAGGACGAUGUUCCAUCAACCAAACAAGUGACUCGAUCAACUAAUUAAGUGACUUUAUCAACCACACAAGUGACUCGAUCAACCAGUCAAGCGACUCGAUCAGCCAGACAAGUGACUCAACCUGAAGCAACUCAAUAAACCACACAAGCGACUCGAUCAACCACACAAUCGACUCGAUCAACCACACAAGAGACUUGAUCAAUCAGACAAGUGACUCAACCUGAAGCGACUCGAUAAGCCACACAAGCAACUCGAUCAACCACAAAAGCGACUCGAUCAACCAGACAAGUGACUCCACCUGAAGCAACUCGAUCAACCAAACAUAGCUCUAUUUCUGUAAUUUAAGUAAUCCAGUAAUCUUCUCUCUGGCUCUCAACGAAGGCGGUCUCCCUUUUCUCUCCUCUCCCCUACCUUGCCUUCGCUGCUUCGCUCCUCUCAUCUCGUCUGGUCUACUGUCACUACUAUCAUGGAUUUGAUCAACUGGUCUCUCAGCUCAAUUGACACCAUCUUCUCGACGAGAAGCCUGGGCUCGGGGGAGCCCACCUGUCCUGCCGGGACGUUCGCAGCUGGCCACACAAUGGACGUGUGGGAGGUGGCGAGUCGUGUGACUGGCGGCUCUUUCCGUGGAGGACUUUAAAGAUAUUGACCUAUUCGGAACCAUGAUUACAGGUCUUUUGCUGAUUGGAUUAGGCAUUGCCCUGGUUUAUCGAGGAAUACAGUAAAUGGUGACAGUUUUCCAAAGCCCCAUAAGGCUGCCCGACCUGGGCAGAGCUGUCUGCACUCAGACUGCGACUAUAAACCGCGAUAUUGAUAAUAUCUUGGAGAAACUGACGGCUUUGCAAAGGCGAAUGGAUUCGGAGACCAGAAUUGGACAAGGAGAGUGGUCAUGUAAAUUGAAUAUGGCCACUCGCCCAAAGCCCAAACAAUCCCAAUCUUAUCUGCUUUUGGCACCCUCAACCAGCUCUGACCUCAAGGGCGUUGCUGGAAUCAACAACUCCCCUGGAAAACUCUGCAGCGAGACACUCUUCAACCCCUCCCCCACCUCCCACAGACACUUGCGGAUUGUUGACUGUCUGGAACCUGACCAAGGCUGUCUCCAUGGCAACUUGCUGUGUUAUCGAUAUGACAUUCUUACAAACUGAGGCACUGACUGAUUGGGUUGCUAGACGAGGCGACUCCCCAGGCCUAUACAUACACACACAAACUCCUACACAUAUACAGAUAUGCAAUCAAUCCUCCUGCUACCCCCAUAAGUUUUUUCAUGUUGUAAAGUGUAUUAUGUGCUUAUGUUGCUCCUCCCCUCUCCUCAUAUUAUGAGGUUGGCUUGACUCGCACUGACUUGACCAGACUUGACUAAACCCAACCUGAAAGACAUAGUGACACAACUCAACUGCAGCAGUAUUCGUUCACCACCAGAAUCAUCACAGGGAGUGAAAUGAUUUUCAGCUUCAGAUAAUUAAAUGCGUUCAAUAAUUCACAUUAACGUUUUUGUUGAUGGAUCAGAAGCGGGACCGUCUGUGGAUUCAAGUCUUCCGUGAUAUUUUGCUCGUUAUUAACGUUGUUUUAACAGAAUCACAGCAGGACCAUGAUAUCAAACACUAAACUGAACUUUAAAGGUACACUUCAAUAUUUCACUUCUUUAAUCACUCUUUAGUUCUUACAGAUGUUACUCUUCUGCUGUUGAUACGAAGGUUAAAGGAACAGUCCAACAUUUCUCUGGAUCUAGGACCGUUCUGGUUGUUGUCUGUAGUCUGAGGCUGCAGGUCGGCACUCAGACGCUUCAGUCACGGUGCAGUCUGGGAAUCAGAUUUAGCUUUUUAUUGGUUUCACAUCAGUGAAACAUUCAAACUCAAACUCUGUUGUUGUGUAAACAGUGAGCAGAGAUAUCUGAUGUUCCCUGGAACAGAGUCCAGCAGACUGGAAGCAGAGGGAAACUGUUAGCCUAGCUUAGCACAAAGAGUGGAAGCAGAGGGAAAGAUUUAGCACAGUUCCAUCAGAAAAGAAAACAUCCACUGUCCAAAAACUCCAAAGCGUACAUUAGCAUUCUUUGCUAAUCAGCAGUCUGAACAUGUUGCUAUGGACCCGGAUGUGUUGAGGUUGUGACCCCUGACCCUGAUGACUCGUGGUCCUGACCUGUGAGUCUCUCCAGAUGUUUGGAUUGUUCCUUUAACAUUCUGACUGAACAAAACCAGGCCAGAUGUUUCAAUAUUGAGCUAAUCAGAUGGCAUCUUUUAGUAAACAUAUCCAGAGGUUGAAAAUAUACAGUAAUGUUCAAAAUAAUACCAGUCCAAUGUGACGAACGAGAUUAAUUCAGGUUUUUAGUAUAAUUUUUAUUGCUACAUGGCAAACAAGGUACCAGUAGGUGCAGUAGAUUCUCAGAAAACCAACAAGACCCAGCACACUCUUAAGGCUGUGCAAUUGGGCAAUUAGUUGAAAGGGGUGUGUUAAAAAAAAUUUAGCAGUGUCUGCCGUUUACUUUACAAACUCAAAACUAUUUUGUACAAACUUUUUUAUUUCUAGGAUUUAGCAAUCCUGUGAUCACUAAACUAAUAUUUAGUUGUAUGACCACAGUUUUUUAUAACUGCUUCACAUCUGUGUAGCAUGGAGUCGACCAACUUGUGGCUCCUUUCAGCUGUUAUUCCACUCAAAGAUUCUUUAACAACAUUCCACAAUUCAUUUACAUUUCUUGGUUUUGCUUCAGAAACAGCAUUUUUGAUGUCACCCCACAAGUUCUCAAUUGGAUUAAGGUCCGGGGAUUGGGCUGGCCACUCCAUAACAUCAAUGUUGUUGGUUUAGAACCAAGAUUUUGCUGGUUUACUAGUGUGUUUGGGGUCAUUGUCUUCUUGAAACACCCAUCUCAAGGACAUGUCCUCUUCAGCAUAAGGCAACAUGACCUCUUCAAUUAUUUUGACAUAUGCAAACAUAGUAUUUUGACAUAUGCAUAUGCAAUUUUGACAUGAUCCCUGGUAUGUGAUAAAUAGGCCCAACACCAUAGUAGGAGAAACAUUCCCAGAUCAUGAUGCUUGCACCACCAUGCUUCAAUGUCUUCACUGUGUACUGUGCUUGAAUUCAGAGUUUGGGGGUCAUCUCACAAACUCUGCGGGCCAGUUGAUGUGUUCUUUGGGUAAUUGUAACCUCUUUUGCACAUGCCUUUUUUUUAACAGAGGGACUUUGCGGGGGAUUCUUGUAAAUAGAUUAGCUUCACACAGACGUCUUCUAACUAUGCACAGCACUUACAGGUAACUCCAGACUGUCUUUGAUCAUCCUGGAGCUGAUCAUUGCCUUAGCCUUUGCCAUUCUGCUUAUUCUUCGAUCUAUUUUGAUGGUUGUCUUCCGUUUUCUGCCACGUGUCUCUGGUUUUGCUCUCCAUUUUAAAGCAUUGGAGAUCAUUUUAGCUGAACAGCCUAUAAUUGUUUGCACUUCUUUAUAAGUUUCCCCCUCUCCAAUAAAUUUUUUAAUCACAGUAAACUGUUCUUCUGAACAAUGUCUUGAACGACCCAUUAUCCUCAGGCUUUCAAAGAGAAAUGCAUGUUCAACAAGUGCUGGCUUCAUCCUUAAAUAGAGGGCAACUGAUUCACACCUGUUUUUCUACAAAAGUGAUGACCUCACUGAUUGAAUCCCACACUGCUAUUUUUUUUAACACACCCCUUUCGACUAAUUGCCCAAUUGCACAGCCUUAAGAGCGUGCAUAUCACGAAUGCUGGGUCUUGUUGGUUUUCUGAGAAUCUGCUGCACCUACUGGUACCUCGUUUGCCAUGUAGCAAUAAUAAAUAUACUAAAAACCUGAAUUAAUCUGGUUAGUCACAUUGGACUGCUAUUAUUUUGAACACUACUGUAAGAUGUUUUAGUUUUCUUCAGAAUUGUAUUUUUAUCGAAAAUGUGAUAAUGUGAUUUGAAUAAAUCAUGAAUAAUAAA